AUGCACAAUCCUAACAUAAUGAUUUCGUAUAAAGAUGGACGGCACACUAUGUUAGACAAGCAUUACUCAGGUAUGUGCCCGUUUGACUUUGAUGUUCGAAGUGGAGUACUCCCUCACGCGUAUUUUCCCAACGGAGAUCUCGAACAUGUAUCUGAGGUACAUAUCGACAAUGCGGAACAGUGGCACGUGCAGCUCACUGAAAAUCCAUGGAAUAAGGAUCAUCUGUUGCACACGCUGACUCAUGAGAUCGGCCAUGCGAUAGGAAUAGAGCACAGUCCGCACAACGAUUCGGUAAUGUACGCGUUUGUGCCUGUUAAACAGUGGCCUGUUACGCUCAGCCUGGAUGAUGUUCUGGCUGUGCAAAACCAUUAUGGACCUAACCCGGAUGCACCUGAACUACCACCAGUCUCUACAUUUGCCUCUCCGACGAUCGCGCCGACUACGACGACAACAACGACGCCGUAG